AUGGCAUUGUGCUCUUCGACUGCCCAUCCAGUGGCCGUAAUAGUGGCUGGCGCUUCGGGCCGGACGCGCGCAAACAUGGCUGUAGGAACAGUUUAUCCGGAACAGGACAGAUUAGACCGAAACGAGCCAGCCAAUGCCAUCGUGCCACCUGGAAGCCCCAGCUUGAGCGCAAUCGCGGCGACGGCGGCGUCUCUAACCACUGACUCGUACAGCAUCCUUGCCAGCGCGGAUCUGACGUCAGCGCUCUCCCUGGCCCAACACGUGGCACGCCUGACCGCGACUCCGCACCUCUACGUGCAUCGCAGCAGCGUCGAGAAAGUCGCGGUGUGCGUGCGACAGCUGCUGCCGACCCUCCAUCUUCUGAAAAACUCCGCCGCGUCGCUCUCCUUCGAUCCGCGCUCCGCGUUCGUUCUCCGCCGCCUCGCGUCGGAACUGAAAGACGUCAUCGCGUUACUCAAGGCGUGCAAGCUGACUAUACCGGGGAUGUUUUUCAGCCUGGGGCAUCAUCAUAAGGGGCUGGCGCGCAAAGCAGACGCGUGCGUGACAGAGAUUCGCCAUUGUCACACCGUCUGCUCGAUGCUGCUGGGACAGGCCUCCUCUACGACCAAUGCCAAAAUCGCCGCCGAUCAUGGGCCGCUGUCGACCUCGUUAGUGUCACAAGCGCCACCGCCGACGCCGCAAAACCACUUCCAGUUACGAACCGUCUCAUGCAGUCAUACUAGCGGGUCAAGCAAGGAACCUUCCACUUUCCUGGACUCGUACAGCGGGAGCGGUAUCACUGGCGGAAGCGGAACCUCGGUGAUGUUCCCCGGCGGCGGGGGAGCGGAACAGCCCGCGCGGGUGCUGCAGCAGGUGGCGGAAAUGUUUCCCCAGAGCCCCAUGAUUGGCCCUUUCGCCGCUACUUUCUCCGCCAAAGACUCCGCAAGGCCCCCCGGGAUGAUGACGUGGCAGCAGAUGCAGGUUCGCGGGAUCCCCCCGAGGUCGAUCUCCGCCUCCGCCGCCUCCGGGUUUGGCGCGUCGCCAGCGGGGGGACUAUACGGGCGGGGCGGGUCCGCGGGGCGGCAACGACCGGGAGUGUUAACGGGAGCGCCGCCGUUGGCGCUACUUGGCGGGGAGCGGAGGGAGCGCGAUAGCAGCGCGGCAGAUGCUGCGGCCUCCGCGGCACUCGCCUUGAUAGGAGCUAACGGCAGCGGCGCCGCCGGCGGCGGAGGCGGCGGUGGUGUAGGGAGCCGUUUCGCGGGCCCUGGCCGAACCUACACCGUAUCGUCCGCUUCCUCCGGCAGAAUACAGCCGUACUACGGCUCGAUCGCCGUGUCGCCUCGUCCGCUCAGCCCCGCAACCGCCGCCGCCGCCGCCGCUGCCGCCGCGUUCGCCGCGCCGAGGUUGUUCUCCCCGCGGCGGCCCCGCGCGUCGUCCCCGCUGCCAUCCGCGCUCAACCGGUCGAGCAUCUCUGCCACCGCUGCGGCGAGCGCGAACGUGUGCCGGCUCGUGGACGCACUGGCGGAAGGAUCGGCGGAAGAGAAGCGCGCGGCGCUGGCUUCGCUAAUGGACGUGACUGUAACGGAUGAGGGGAAGCUCCAAGCCGCGGCGGCGGGGGUGGUGCCGGUUCUGUCGGUGCUGCUGUCGUUGCCUGAAGACGACUUCCUAUUGGACGACGAGUCGGCGUUACCCAGUUGCGUGGACGACGAUGAUUGGCUCCAAGGAGGGGGGGUGCUCUCCGCCGGAGGAAGCGGAGGGGGAAGCGGAGGUGGGAGCGGAGGGGGGAGCGCAGGUAGCCGGGGGACGGGGAAAACAGGCGGGAGCAGCGGGGGUGGGGAACGGGGAAAACCGGGGGGGAUAAGUUGCGGAAGGGGCGCGGUGGCGGCGUUGCUUCCGCUUCCGCCGCUUCCGGAGCCCCCUCCACGCGAAUCGCUGAACCUUCUCGUGGCGCGCGCUUUGGUGCAGCUCUCCGCGCUUCCUGCUAACUGCCAGGUCAUCGCCAAGGCGGGGUGCGUGCCGUCGCUAAUCGCCAUGCUUCGCGGCGGCAACCCCGAGGCGCAGGCGGUCGCGGUAAACCUUCUGCUGAACCUUGCGACGGGCUGCGACAGCGACUGCGACAGCAAAUCGCCCGCGAUCGCCGCAGGCGAGGCGAUCCCGUCGCUCGUCGCCAUCGUCCAAUCAGCGAGCGAGGCGAAAGUCCGGCGACAGGCGAUGGAGGCCCUCGCACACGUCGUCUCGAAGGCCAAGGAGAACCAGGACGCGGCGGCGCGAGCCGGCGCGAUCCCGAUAUUAACAGAAGCGUUACGAGAAGGCUCGCUGCUGGUACAGGAAAAAGCGGCGUUCGCGCUGGGCUCGAUCGCGGAGGAUAACGACGAAAAUAAAGUAAUGAUUGCUGGGACGGGGUCCGUGCCGCCGCUGCUAGAUCUCCUCCUGUGCGGGCCGGCAGAUAUCAGCCUGCAGGAGCGCGUUUCGCGGCGGGCGGCGUGGGCGUUGUUUGCGCUGAGCUCGCAUCGGUUGUCCGCUUCGUACAUUGUCGCAUCUGGUGGGUUGGAUGUUGUGAAACGCGCGGACGUGGAUGGGCCGUUGGAUACGAAGGAAUGGACGGCGAAGAUCAUCCCCCUUCUGGAGCCAGUAGCGGAGCAGCACCAGCAGGAGCAGCAGCAGGCGGCGUGGCAGCAGAAGUGGACGAAUCAGCGCCGGGGGAAAGUUGAAACGGCCCUGCGAAAGUCGUACGAUGACGUGGCAUUGUUUCAGGAGGGGCAGCGUCGGAAUGGGCAGAAACCGUCCAGUUCAGGCAUCGACCUUCGCGGUCUAGCCGUUGCGAGUCAGUUCAGGCAUCGAUCUAGCAGGUUUUGCAGAGCCAUGACGAUAGUGUUACCCGCGAAAGUCUCCGCCAUAGCUCUCAGCGCAAGCGGCGCUCCACCGCCCAAUCUCUCUCCCCGCGAUUCACGGCGGCAACAGCCUUCAAGUUACCGUUGCUUUCGCCGGCCGCAUUUUCCGGAGCACCUGGCACGCCUGAUGGUACCGUUGCUGCUGCUGCUCGCACUGGGAGCCGGUUUAGUGGAAGCCGCGUGCCCGCUGCUGCCAGAGGUGCAUGUGGACGCGGCAGCAAGCAGCCAGGCCGGUCAAUGCUGUGGGGACCCCGGAAAUCCCUGUGGCGGCACCAUCCUGCUGUCCCCCGGCACUCACUCUGUCCCUCCCCAGGGGCUGCAGCUGGGGGGUCGUCCCCUCACCAUCGCUGCUGCUGCUGGUGGCAAUUCUGACCCUUUGUCUUCCCUGCCGGUGAUCCAGUGGGGAGCAGCGGGAGCAGGGGGAGCAGCAGGGGGGGCAGCAGGGGGCGGGAGCAUGUGCAGUGAGGAGCAGGCGAAGCUGGUGCUGCGGGGAGUGGUAGUGGCCAAUGGCAGGGCAGAUAUAACCACAGAUACCACCACCAGCAGCAGCGGGGCCACUGGCACGAGCAGUGGCACCGGCAGCACCAGUGCCAGUGGUGCGGGCAGUGGGGGCUGUCUGUUAGUACAGGGGCAGGCUCUGGAGGUGACAAACUCCUCGUUCCUCAACUGCACUGCUGCUGACGGUGGUGGUGCAAUCUUUGCCGCUGCUGCUCCUAAUGUGACUAUUACCAGCUCUCGUUUUGAAGGCUGUAAAGCUCUUGGUGGGGUCCCUACUGCUGCUGCUGCUGGUGCUGCUGCUGCUGCUGGUGGUGGUGCUGCUGCUGCUGCUGGCGCAGCUGAAACUAUUGGCAAGGGAGGAGGAGCCGUUGCUCUGUACAAUGUCGCCCACGUGGCGGUCUCUGAUUCGUCCGUUCUUGACUGCACCUCCUCCUCCACCAAUGGCGGCGGCCUUGCCAUCGUCUCCUCCAAUGCCGCGCUGACAGCUGUCCGCUUCUCGGGCUGCUACGCGCAGGGCCUAGGCGGCGCGGUUUCGUCUUCUUCCUCCAACGUGACUGUAACGAGUUGUGAAUUCCGCGACUCGCGGGCCAUGCGGGGAGGAUGCUUCUCGGACGAUUCCUCCCCGCUCGUCUCCAUCUCCUCCUCCUCCUUCCUCCGAUGCAACGCGGAUGUGACCAAAGAAGGGGAUAUCUACAGCAAGGUGAACGGUGGGGGGGUGGCUCUGAACGCAACUGCCUCUUUCACCAUCCACAACUGCACCUUCUCCCGUUGCCUCGCUGUUAUGGAUGGCGGUGGGCUCGACGCUCUAGACUCCGGAAACCUCACUAUAAGCUCCUCCACUUUCCGCUUGUGCUCCGCGUACGAUAACACUGGCGGCGGCGGGGGAGCGGUGUCGUCCCGAGGCGGGAACAUCACCAUUCGGGGGAGUCUGAUGGAGAAGAAUUGGGUGAAUAGCAGCAUGGUUGGCUUUGGGGGAGCCAUGGCUAUUAUGGAUACGGCUAUGGGGAUUUUUAACUCGACUUUCCGGGAGAAUAUAGCGUACGGGCAUUUGUACGGGACGCUGAGUCAGGGAGGGGUGAUAAACCAGCAGUGGACGAGGAGAGAUGUGGUGAUUCCGCUGGUGAUGGAGGAGUGUGCGUUUGAGAGGAAUGUGGCGGAUUUUGGAGCGGUGGGGUACUUUGAGGGGCAUGUGACUGUGAGGCGGUCGCGGCAUGAGCGGAACGAGGCGCAGUUUCGAUACGGCGGCGCGUACUACGCCAUGAUGAGCACCACAAUAGAGGAUUCUCUCUUCGCUCACAACACAGUGCUGCAGGACGGCGGGGCGAUCGCCACAGUGGGGCUGCUGGCCACGGUGGUGCGGGGGUGCGUCUUUCGCAACAACAGUGCCAUCUCUGGGGAGGGAGGAGCCAUAUUUGUGUUCGAUGGCACGGAGGGAGUAGUGGAGGUGGAGGGGAGUCGCUUUGAGGGCAACACAGCCCCGGCAUCCAAGGGGGGAGCCAUCUCUGCUGCCUCUGCUCGCCUCACCAUUGCCCACACCACCUUCCACAACAACCAUGCGCUCGUGAAGGGCGGCGCUGUUGCAGUUUCGCACCCAACUUCUCCUCCCAACGACAACGCCACCACCGGCAGCACCACCACUCCUACCCUCCCCAUGGCACACUUCUCAAACGUAACCUUUGAGGGAAACAGCGCCACGCUGGGCGGAGCGGCGGUGCAUCUGGGCAUGGCGGCGCGCGCUGCACUCAUGGGGUGCCGCCUGGAGGGCGGGCAGGCGAGCAACGGCGGCGGUGUGAUGCUGGAGGAGUUUGCCCAGCUCAAGCUGGUCCGAUCCGAGUGCACUGGGAACAGGGCGCCAUCUGGGGGAGGCUGCAUCUCCAUGAGCGAGCUGGCGUCCGUUACAGUCACAUCCAGCAACGUCACGUCCAACCAGGGCGGCAACAAGGGGGGCGCCAUCCAAGCCACGGGGCAGACGCGCCUGGUGAUUGCGGAUUCCCAUUUCUUCAACAACUCGGCCAUGGAUGGCGGCAUGCUCUGGGCUGAGAUGGACUCGCAGGUGCACAUCACCUCCACAGUCAUCGCCCGCAACACCGCCACCAUCCAGGGCGGAGCCCUCUACUGCAUUCAGAGCGCGCGCCUCACGCUGCUCGCCUCCUCGCUCCGCGCCAACACAGCGGCGCGCGGCGGGGCCAUUCUCGCCGAAGGGGGGGUGCGCCUGCUGGUCGCGGGCGGGGUGGGGAGCAGUGGGACAGCAGAUAGCGGAGCCGGGGACAAAGGAGGCGGAUCAGGCAGCAACAGCAAAACGCCCGCAGUGUUUGAAGGGAACUCGCAGCAUGCAGUGGUGCUGCAGGGGCAGGCAGUGGGGUUGUUCUAUGGGCAAGCAGUGGGGUCGGUUCUCUUCCGGGGGAAUGCGGGGGGGAGCACGAUGGAUGUGGGGGAUGGAGGGGCGAUUUUCGCCACGGAUUCGACCAUAGUGGUGGUGGGCGGUGGAGUGGGGUUUGAGGGGAACACGGGGCAUAGAGGUGGUGCGAUCUUCUGUGAUGCGGAGAGCUCGCUGAGUGAGGCCGGCGGGGCAAUCUUUGUGGCCGGCAACACGUCCCUGCAGAUCUCCGAUUCGAUCUUCCAGUCCAACCGGGCGGUGACGGGGACAGGUGGCGCGAUCCUAUUGCUCGACUACGCUCACGGGGACCUGCGGGACUGCGCUUUCCGAAGCAACGAGGCAGGCUCGGACGGAUCGGCUGUGUACCUGGAUCGGGGAGGCAUGGGGGGAGGUUCGGGAGGAGCGGGUGGGGGGGAGGAAAGCGGGGGAGCAGGGGGGACGGGCGGAAGUGGGGGAAGUGGAGGAAGUGGGGGAAGUGGGGGAACGGGGGGAAUGGGGUUUAGCAAGGCAGCGGUGGGGGCGGUUGUGAUGGUGUCUGAUAUUGCGGGGUUGCUGCAGGCGGGAAGUAGCGCAGGGAUGACGGGCGGGCUUGGGUCGGCGUUUCUCGACGCGACGUUCCUCCCUGCGAUGCGGUCGGCGUGCGUGGCGUGUGAGAGCAUGGACAAGCAAGACACCAUCGGCACUCUCCCUUCCUCCUUCCGCCUGAUGUGGGCAGGUCAGAGCGACUCAGCAGCUGGAAGCACCACCACCACGGGCACGGUAUUCCAGGUGAAGGGAGACCGCGCCAACCCAGUGACAGGGCUGCACGUCACCGUCCUUGACGCAGCAGGCCUCAUCCCAGUCAACGACUUCCGAGCCAAGGCCUCCAUCCUCCCCACUCCAUCCAUCAGCGGCCUACUCCAAGCCAUAGCAGUCAACGGCCGUGCCACCAUCCCUCCCAUAUCCAUCGUUGAACCGCCCGAAUCCGGGAAUCUCUCGCUGACUUUAUCUGUCUCCUCGUCGUUGGAUGCGUUUCCGCCGAUCGCACGGACGGUUGAGAUCGUCUUCUGCCCGCCCGGGCAGUUUUACACCCGCCCGGGGAUGACCUGCGAGGUCUGCCCAAUCGGGAGCUGGUGCGGGUCGGGGCGGGGCGCGGAGUUCUGCCCGCCGGGCAGCUUUAGUUUUUUUCCAGGCACGGCGUCGCUCACGGAUUGUUUACCCUGCCCGACGACGCGCGACGUGUUGCAAGACACGCCGGCCGUGACGUGCGAGCAAGGGAGCAUGACAGUAGAGGAGGGGUUCUGGUUUGACUUUAACAGUAUCAGCACCGGCAUCCCUGCCGUGUAUGCCUGCGACGUGAAGGAUGGAUGCUCUGGGCUGGUCAACCCCCCUUCCUCCUCCUCCGCUCCCGCUGCGGACACUGCAAAUACCACCCAACCGCAGCCGCCGCCGCCGCCGCCGCCGCCGCAGCAGCAGCAGCAGCAGCAGCAGCAGCAGCAGCAGCAGCAGCAGCAGCAGCAGCAGCAGCAGCAGGCGGCAGCGAAUUCAACUCUAGACCAGCCGCAGUGCAAGGCGGGGUACAACGAGAAUCGCCUCUGCUCCAGCUGUGCACCCGGCUACUACUCAGUCCUCAAGUUCUGCUACCCCUGCUCGCCCACCUUCCAGCGACUCUUCCCGCUGCUGCUCGUGCUCAUCGUGCUGGCAUGGGUGGCCAUGGGGGUGCUGUCAGACUCGUUUCACACCAUUGCUAUACUCGCUAUAGAGCUGCAGAUGCUCACGUUUAUCGGGUCGUACAACCUGCCGCUGCCCUCCUGGGUGAACACCAUCGUGCAGUACUUUCAAAUUGCGCUCUUUGUGCCGGACGUGAUCGGGCCCGGCUGCACAGUGACCUACUCUUUCGUGCAGCAGUGGGCAGUCACCAUGGUCAUCCCCGUUUUAGGCGUCCUCGUAUACGCAUGCCUCUACCUCACCCACCGCCUCUACUCCCACACCAUCACCCGCAUCUACGGGCCCCCCAAGCACCACCCCAUCACCAGCACCACCAGUUUCACCCCCUCUGCUGCCGCCUCUGCCGCCGCCGCUGCUGCUUCUUCUCCGGCUGCUGCUGCUGCUCCAUCUCUCCGCACCGGCACCAACGGCACCAGCUUCUCGCGAGCUCCAAGCGGCAUCGGCUCUCGAGCAGACGAUUUGACCGGGCACGUGACAACCAAGCGCGAGAUGUUCGACAAGUACGAAAACACUCUGAUCCACGGCGUCACCAACUGGCUAGACCUGAGCUACGCGGCCGUAACCUUCCGGUGUUUCCAGGCGUUCUACCGGCACUGGUACGGGGCGGAUGUGAUGGGUGCGGCGCCGUAUAUCGGGUGGUUUUCCGAGACGCACACGGUGGUGUUUGCGCUGUCGGUGGUGAUAGCGGUGGUGUAUGUGGCGGGUGCGCCGGUGUGCUACGCGCUGGUGCUGUGGCUGGGCAAGUCCAAGGGGCUGCUGGCGAGUCACACGUACAAGAUGCGCUGGGGGUGGAUGGUCAGCCGCUACGAGUACGACUACUUCUGGUGGCACCUCACCUGUUAUGCCCGUCGCAUCAUCCUCGUCUCCAUCGCUGUCUUUGGCGUGCAGUCGCCCCAGACGCAGGUGUCAGUGACUCUCCCUCUGCAAGCCAUCCGCAUCGGCCUGCAGUACGGCGCCUCUCCCUUCGCAGCCUUCUCUCAUGACGUGCUCAACUCGCUGCUCGCGCUCGCAGAGCUGCUCUUCACCGUGGCGCUCACGGGCUUUAACUACAUCGGCAUCACCACCGCCGCCAACGUGCUCUUUGCCUUCUCCUUCGCGCUCGUCUUCCUGCCCACGCUGCUCAUCCUCUGCUACGAGCUCGUCAACUGGUACAUCACGCGCUGCAAUUGCAGGGAGCUGAAUUCAAUGUGGCAAACAGACAAGGCCAGAAAGUCUUUACGCUCCCGAAGGCGACUGGCAGCGCUGUCAGUGGACGACCUGGUGCAUCCCUCGGACGUGGUGCGCUGGUUCCGCCCCCACGUGCUCUCCGCCUUCCUCUUCCACUACUCCUCCGCCUCCCCCGCCUACCACGCCGCGCGCCGCAAAACCCUCUCCGAUGAGACAGCCUUGGAAACUGGCACUGCCGGCACUGCUGGUAUUGGUAGUGCUGCUGGUGCUGGUGCUGGUGCUGGUGGUGGUGGUGGUGGUGCUGGCGGUGCUGGUGGUGCCGGCGGGGAGUUUCAGCAUGUGGGUACUGCAGAAAUGCGGCGGCGGCGGCGGCUGCUGCUGCGGCUGCGGGACCGGUUCGAGAGGAUCCGGCUGGCGGGACCGGGGGAUGCGCAGUGGAUGAAGCACUUAAGUAAGAGUCAGAUGUACGGGGUGCUGUCGCAGGCGCUGCUGGGAGCGGCGGUGGGGGAGGUGACUGUUGCAAGAAUGCCUGUGAGUAGUGGGAAUCUAGAGGAGAGAGCAGAGCAACGGCGGCAUCAGCAGAGGGAGCAAGGGGGUUACAGAAGCGGGUACGGGGAGGAGCAUGGAGGCGAGGAAGGGGACGGACAAGGUGGAGAGGGCAGAGGGGAGGGCAGAGAAGAGGGUGGAGGGGAAGAGGGCGGAGGGGAAGGGGGCUACGUGGAGGCGCGGAUGAACAUGGCGGAGCUAACGCUGCUCUUCCAGCGCCACCUCGCGCUGCUCGUGCGCUCCGAGGCCCUCCGCCGCCCCACCUCCCUGCGCCUGCUACUUCGGUCGGAGGCGAUUCCUGAUCUUCUAGCCUGGCUCACUUCCCCUCACUG